AUGUCGCUCGUGACCGGCGAGAAGACGAACUUCCAGUUCAUCCUUCGUCUUCUUAACACCAACGUCGAUGGCAAGCAGAAGAUCAUGUACGCCUUGACGAAGAUCAAGGGUGUUGGUCGCCGCUAUUCCAAUCUGGUUUGCAAGAAGGCGGAUGUUGAUUUGAACAAGCGCGCCGGAGAAAUCACCUCCGAAGAACUCGAGCGCAUCGUCACCAUCAUCCAGAACCCCACCCAGUACAAAAUCCCCACUUGGUUCCUCAACAGACAGCGCGACAUCACCGAUGGCAAGGACUCGCAGGUCCUCGCUAACCAGAUGGAGUCCAAGCUGCGCGAGGAUCUCGAGCGCCUGAAGAAGAUCCGCGCCCAUCGUGGUCUGCGUCACUACUGGGGUCUCAGAGUCCGUGGCCAGCAUACCAAGACCACCGGCCGGAGAGGGCGGACUGUUGGUGUCAGCAAGAAGAAGGGUUAA